GACCAAUUGAGGGGGCGUAAAAAGAAAUAAAAAAAAUAUCUCUCAGUAAGAAAGCAGAUGAACAAACAAGUCCAGACAUCAAACGAAACUAUUUGAAAAGCGGUUCAGAAUUCUCUCAGUCGGUGAUUAAAAAUGCUACAGUUUCCGGCGUUUAUGACACAGUACCAAUUAUCGACUCGGAUUCCGACGUCGUUUUUGCUACCAUCUCAAUGGCCUCAGCCUCAAAACGAAGAACUCCUUCUCGCCAUGGAAGAGUCUGAUUUUGAAGAAAAGUGCAAUGAAAUCAGGAAAAUGAACAGCAACCUAAUUAUCAUUGGGAAAACCACUAACGAAAAUGAUAAGGAAGAUUUCGACGAGGCUGAUGAUGAUGAUCCCGACAAUGCAGAAGAGUCUGAGGGUGAAGAAUUUGAGCAAGAAACUGGUUGAAGAAUCUGCACGUCAAUGCUCACUUAUAUUUUGUUGGUAUGCAUUAUUGAAUGACUGUGGCUCGUAUAAUUUUAUCAAGUAUCGACUCCUCAUUAAUAUUAUACUCUUUGUUACACAUGUUAUUUGAGGUGUGAGGGAAAAAUCAUGUUCACAAACUUUGAUUGGGAUAAAUGUUUAAACCCAAGUUCCACUAGUCAACUCAGUGAUGUAAAAGUCCAAUUAGGUUGAGUUUAAGUAGUAUGUGAUCGAGUUGAUUUGAAGUACGAACAAAAUAAAAUCAUAAAAUCUUUAUGUAGUCAUGUUCAAAAGAAAAAGUUCAUGCAAUUACUAAAUUUAUCAUA